AGGUGCCAUGGUGAUGAUGAUGGUGAUGAUGAUGCAUGCGAGGUUCAACGCUAUAAAAAUGAUUCUCAGUGGUCAGUUGGAGCAUACAAUCAUCAAGAUUUCUACAACUCAACUUCUGCUCUUGGUGUAACUUCAUCCAAAUGAAGACCUCGUCUCUCUGGACAUUUGGGCUUCUGUUCAUCAGCCUCACAGGAGCACAUGGACUCAGCCAUUUUCCAGAAAACUUUGUGGUGGCAAAAAGGAACAAUGUAAUUCCAGUCAAUCUGACCUGCGAUACAAAGACAGGUGGAGAUGUCACAUGGAAGUUUCACGGUGAAGUGAUAGAAGAUGUCACUUUAGAUGAAAAUGUCCAGCAGGUCGAUCAAGAUCUGAUCAUGUCAGACAUAGAUGUACCCAUGCUGGGACAAUACAGCUGCUGGAGAGGAGCAGAGAGGUUGUCAUCAGUCUACCUGCUGCUGGAGGCUGAGGAGGAAGAUGAGUUAGAUUCACCCAUCCUUUGUAGGGCAAAGUCUUAUCACUGUAACUUCAGUUGUAACUGGACCCACAGUGGAUACAGUGCAGUGCGCUUUGGACUGGGCCCUAACUGCAGAGAACAUGAGAAGUCGUGUCAGUGGGUCAGCAGCAGUGAUCAUGUCUCGGAUGGGGGAUUCCAGUUUGAGCUGUCCCACUCUCUCUCACCCUAUGCUGAGGAAAGCACCAUGCUCGAAAUUACCGCUGAGGCCAUCAUUAACCUCUCCAUCCUCAGGAGAACCAAGAGAUUUUAUCUCAGAGACAUUGUUCAACCCGACAGGCCCCAGAUUGCCAGGUGUCAGGAGGUGGAGCAGGACCUAAAUGUGACCAUUGAUCCACCGUCCACUUGGUCAACUCCUCAUAGCUUCUUCAGUCUGGAGCAUGAGAUUGAAUAUGUGUUGAAAGACAACGGCAAGCUUGGACGUUCUUCAUCUGCUCUGAUACCAAAGAUGAUCAGCAAGCUGAGGGUUCGCUCCAGAGACUCGCUGGUUCUCUCUGCGUGGAGCGAGUGGACUCCGUGGAAAAAUGUGAGAAGAGGGGGAAAAAACUUAUGUAGACACAAAAACAAGGGAAAAUCCUGUCCAGAGUUGUCAUCUGAGUGCUUGGGUGACAGCAAGAAGAGAGGGAAGAGGAGGAAAAAGAACAGAAAUGCAGAGGACAGCCGGACAGCUUAAAAAGACAUUCAGUAAACACGUGCUUUGCAAGUGGGAUUUUUCUUUAGUAUGGGCAUCAAAUGGAGGAAAAAAAAAUAUUUGGAUGAAUAUGAAGAAUAUGAGAUUGUACAUCUAAUUUCUAAUUUGUCAUUUGAACAAAGAUUAAACCCUAAGGAUGAAUAAGGAUUUUACAGUGAACUGGACCAAAAGGCUUUGAAUUGAAGAGGACAUCAAUCAUGUUGUGCAGUCUGGUGCACAACCAGAAAGCAGUCUGAUGCAAGAGCUGCACAACAAACCCAACCUCCUUGAAAUGUAUUUUACUGUAUUACUAUUAUUGUGCAUUUCAUUUUUUUGUAUAAAUCUAUUCUUACAAUUCAUAUUACAAUAAUAAUCACAUUGUUAUCGUGUUAGCAAAUUUAAAGCUGAAAUGUCAUGGAUUGUAACUGAGUUUUUAUGUAUAUUGCAUUUCAUUUAUAUGAAAAUCUAACAAGAGAAACUAAAGCCAUUCUCUUCAUGCAAGUCUGAAUAAAUGCCCUUUUAAUAUAACAA